CAAGAUGCCACUGCAGCAGUAGCAACAGCUCCAGCUGCCAGCGAGCCAGCAGCUGAAAAAUUGCCAGCGGUGGACAGCGGUAACGAGGAGGAGGAUGUUGUCCAGCCAACACAACAGCGCGUGUCCAAGGCUCAAAAGCGUCGCAACAAAAAGGAGAAAGAGGCACGCGAUCGCGCGCAGGAAAUACACCAGGCUAUGCAAGACGCCGCCAAAGUGUUGUCGCCCAAGCAAAUUGAAYUGCAGCAAAUCACAGCUAAGUUGCAAGAUCGCCAGCUGGCGCUCCACAUGAUACUCUCAGAUGGUGACUGUCUCUACAAUGCGAUACGCCAUCAGCUGCGGCAGCACGCGUUGCCCGAGCACAGUGUCCAGGAGCUGCGAACCGAGACGGCCAACUAUGUGCGCGCCCACAAGGAUGAUCUCAUUUGCUAUAUGACCCAUCCGGAUACAGGAGAUCUUCUCACUGAUGAACAAUUUGAAGCCUACUGCCAGGACAUAGCCAACACCCAUGCUUGGGGUGGGCACAUCGAGCUAAAGGCGCUCUCSUCGCUGCUGCGUGUGCCCAUUGAGGUCAUCCAAGCCGAGGGCCCCUCGACGCAGCUGGGCCAGGAGGAGUUCGGCGGAGCGCCACUAGUCGUUUGCUAUCAUCGCCAUAUUUACCAACUAGGCGCCCAUUACAACUCCACGAUUCCAGUGGAGGAGGAGUAGCACUAAGAGCUCAGC